GCGAAAUUAUCAACGAACGGGGCAUGGAAAAGUCACAGCUAAAACAAGUUUUGUCUGUUUUGUUAAGAUAACGUGCUUUGGUUUAUUUCUUUACACCCAUAGCCGCUUGUCUCUGUGCUGGUGGCCCGUUUCGACGUACUUCUGUGAAAUUUGGGGAGCUCCCUCAGCCAAAGCGUUUAACAAGAGAGGCAAUGCGCAACUACUUGAAGGAGAGAGGAGAUCAGACAGUACUCAUACUGCAUGCAAAAGUCGCACAGAAAUCAUACGGCAAUGAAAAAAGAUUCUUCUGUCCUCCACCAUGUGUGUACCUGAUGGGUUGUGGCUGGAAGAAAAAGAAGGAGCAGAUGGAGAGAGAGGGCUGCUCAGAGCAGGAGUCACAGCCUUGUGCCUUUAUCGGCAUUGGAAACAGUGAACAAGAGAUGCAGCAGCUCAACUUGGAGGGCAAGAAUUUUUGCACAGCAAAAACAUUGUACAUUUCUGACUCGGACAAACGGAAGCACUUCAUGCUUACAGUGAAAAUGUUCUACGGGAACAGCGCGGAUAUCGGUGUCUUCCUCAGCAAACGAAUCAAGGUCAUCUCCAAACCUUCCAAAAAGAAACAGUCGCUGAAGAAUGCAGAUCUGUGCAUAGCUUCUGGGACGAAGGUGGCUCUUUUUAACCGCUUGCGGUCUCAGACUGUCAGUACGCGGUACCUUCAUGUGGAAGGGGGAAACUUCCAUGCUAGUUCACAGCAGUGGGGAGCCUUCUACAUUCAUUUAUUGGAUGAUGAUGAAUCAGAGGGAGAAGAGUUUACAGUCAGAGACGGUUAUAUCCAUUACGGUCAGACGGUGAAGCUGGUGUGCUCUGUGACAGGCAUGGCUCUUCCACGACUUGUCAUUCGUAAAGUGGACAAGCAGACGGCGCUAAUGGAUGCUGACGAUCCUGUGUCCCAACUACAUAAAUGUGCCUUCUACCUUAAAGAUACAGAGAGGAUGUACCUCUGCCUGUCGCAAGAGAGGAUAAUUCAGUUCCAGGCCACACCCUGUCCCAAAGAAACAAACAAAGAAAUGAUCAACGAUGGGGCGUCAUGGACAAUCAUCAGCACAGACAAAGCAGAAUACACUUUCUAUGAGGGGAUGGGCCCUGUACUCUCACCUGUCACGCCCGUGCCUGUUGUUGAAAGUUUACAGCUGAAUGGAGGAGGAGAUGUUGCCAUGCUGGAACUGACAGGACAGAACUUCACGCCUAACCUCAGAGUCUGGUUUGGAGAUGUAGAGGCAGACACUAUGUACAGGUGUGGUGAAAGUGUUCUCUGCGUGGUUCCUGACAUCUCUGCGUUCCGUGAGGGGUGGCGGUGGGUUCGGCAGCCAGUGCAGGUUCCUGUGACCUUGGUCCGUAAUGAUGGCAUCAUCUACUCCACAGCUUUGACAUUUACCUACACACCAGAGCCAGGACCGCGUCCUCACUGCAGCGCCGCGGGAGCCAUACUGCGGGUCAACUCCUCCACCUCACCAUCUUCAUCCUCCUCAUCCUCCAGCCUACUGCUGCAGUCAGCCGUGGACAGCCAGGCAGGAUACGUGGCAGCAGGGAGCGUGUCUUCCUCUUCCUCAGCUAUGUCUGUCUCCUAGCCUGGGAAUCUCAAUGUGCGUUUGCGUGUGUGAGUAAGUGAACCUUUGUGAGAGAUGCUGAUUCGUCCACACAUAGACUUCCCUAGAUUCAUGGGAUACAGAACAUGAAAACGGAUAAUGAUGCGACAGAGAGAGUAGAACGAGUGACAAGACUUCACACAGAGACUGGACAAAACAAAUGAAGAUGUCUCUCUUCUGUUCUCUCUCUCUCUCUGUCUCUAUUUGUUGCUGUUCUUUUUCAAUCUGUUUCCUCAUGUUGGAGGAUGUGGCAACAGAAGUGAUGUGUGCCGUGGAUCAAGAUGCCACAGGAUCAAUGCAUAAGCCUUACAUGAAAUCAAAAAAAAAAAAAAAAACUGUCUCUUCAAAACAAAGCCUUUUUGAAGUAAGUGCAAGCUGGAAAUUGCUUUGAGAGAUGUUGUUUUCUACUAAAGGGCUUAAUGCACUGUUUCGCCAGGCUUGGAAGGAAAGUUAUAGUAAUAUAGUUUUUACGGACCAAGGAAUAUUAUUAUUAUUUUUUUUUAUUGAUACAUAAUUUUAUAAGCUUUAGCUAAGGUACAUUUUUCACCUUUUUCAGUUUUAUAACAUAUAGUAAACUUUUGUUACCAAAUAGUUUUGUAUAUUUCUUGUGAGUGUUUGGGCUCAGAAGGAAAUGGUGCAGGCAUUUUAAAAGCCUGAACUUAUAGCUGCCUUUACUCGUCUUGGCUAAUGCCUUAAGUCUUCUGGAGUUUCACCAGACCCUUUCUCUUUUGUAAUAUGUAUAUUGGUCUUUUUUUUUCUCCACUAAACUAAUAUGUAAUAUUGAUGCCGUUUUUGUGUAUUUGGGAGAAGGUGACUCUUCUGCUUUGUUAAACUUUUUUCUCAUAUGAAGUCUUUAACACAAAAGCUUUAACUGACUUUGCCGGUUGGCCGUGUGUGCCAUAUCGUACUCAUCAGAUACACAUAGCCAUUGAUCUGGCCCUUUUUCAUUGGCUAUAGAUAUUCAAGCUGCCAACAUAACAGUAACCUAUAAAAUAUCCCACACCAAAUUACUUAUAUUUAGUUGAAUAUAAGCGCACAAAAUAAUUUUAAUGGGUCUGCGAUUUCAAAUUAAUUGGUUGACUCAAACCCUGUGGUAGGAUAGGACUGUACAGGUCUCAUUUGCAUAUCAUUCAUGCUUUCAGUGUCAUUAUUUACUGUUAGUAUCAGACUAAAAUCAGCAUGUAGGAAAAUUGCUGCUUUGUUGUCAUGUGGUUUAACCAUAUAGAGAAGUGAGUGUGGUGUGUGGUGUUCUGCAAGUACAGUCAUGUUACAAGUAGCAUGCAUGAAUGAAAGUUUGAGUUAU